AUGGAGGCGGCGGAUAUGGAGGAUGCGUUUGGCGCCGACGCGAUGCCAUUGGGGGCGGCUGAACGCUUGGCCUUUGUGAACGCUCGUCGGCGCAACGUGCCACCGGCGCAGCGUCAGGACUACGGUGACGGUAUCCCUGGCAAUGCAACCGUGUUCGUGCACACCUUUGGCUGCGGCCACAACGUGAGCGACGGCGAGUACAUGGCGGGGCUUCUGGCGCAGAGCGGCUACCGCGUUACCGACGUUUUCAACGGCGCGGAUGUGUAUCUUCUCAACUCGUGUACUGUGAAGAACCCUAGCGAGGAGCACUUCAUCAGCAUGAUGAACCGCGUGCGAGCCGUGGGUAAGCCGCUCGUCGUCGCCGGAUGUGUGCCGCAGGCGGAUCCGAAGAACACACAGUGGGAUGAUGUGAGUGUGAUUGGGGUCCGCAGCAUCGACCGUGUUGCCCAGGUCGUACAUGAAGCUCUGCAAGGUCACUGUGUGCGUCUUAUUGGAGCGACGGAGCAAGCGAAUAGGAAGCAAGAACCCAAUGAGCUUCCACCGCUCGACCUCCCAAAGAUACGACGCAAUCGAUUUAUUGAAAUCAUUCCCAUCAACGUUGGUUGCCUGAAUCACUGCACGUAUUGUAAAACAAAGCAGGCCCGCGGGGAUUUGCGGAGCUGGCCUAUCGAUUCCAUCCUUUCGCGGGUUCGUUCCGUUCUGAGAGAGGGUGUAAAGGAAAUUCGUCUCACCUCUGAAGAUGUUGGGGCCUACGGUAUUGACAUUAACACCGACUUUGUCUCUCUCUUGCGGGCCACUGUCAAGGAACUUCAAGGAACGGAUGUCAUGCUGCGUGUGGGGAUGAGCAACCCGCCGUACCUCCUACGACAGCUGGACGACUUCGCGGCGCUUCUUAAGCACCCAAACGUGUAUGAGUUUAUGCACAUUCCUAUACAGUCCGGAUCUAAUCGAAUUUUGGAGGCGAUGCAGCGGGAGUACAAUGUUGAGGAGUUUUACGAGUGUGUACGCCGCAUACGCAGUGUGGUGCCGAAUGUGACGCUUGCCACAGACAUUAUUUGUGCCUUUCCGGGAGAAGGGGAAGAAGAGUGGCGUGAGACGAUGGAGGUCUGUGCUCAAGUCCGCUUUCCUGUUCUGAACAUUACCCGCUUUUACCCGCGUCGAAACACACCCGCAGCGGCCAUGAAGCAAAUCCCCACUGAGGUUGCGAAGCGGCGUACCACAGAACUCACGGAGUUUUUCAAUUCUUAUCGCACCUUCGACCAUAUGAUCGGCGAAGUGCACUCUGUGGCGCUGCUGGAAACAGCACACGACAAGCACCAUCUGGUGGGUCAUACAAAGGGCUACGUGCAGGUCCUUGUGGACCCGCAAGAGGCGAGAGUUGGGGAAAACGUCACCGUCGUCAUCACCUCCACGACAAAGUACAGUGUGAGAGGUCGCGUGUUGCGCGGCCGCUGGGAACGGCUCUUGGCGAGGGCAUCGAUGAGCGCGCAGCAGAUCAACUGGAAAAUGCUGGCUGUCCUCGCUUCCGCUGCAUCCGCAUCGGUGGCAGUGACAUCUGUAGCGAUGUACAAGGCGGCGGUGCUGCGGAGACAGAGAAACGGGGUAUGA